AUGAGAAGGGGAAGUUUUGAUGAAGCAUCUGCAGCAGUGAGACCACACCUGCGCAGUUUAGCUCAGAGGAGACGCUCGGCUCCGACGCUGGUGUUCGGGAAGGCUUUGGGAAUGCCAUGGAGUCCGAUAAGGGAGGAGGCUCGGUGUGUGGUGGCAGUGGAACAGAGUCCGUUUGUGUUGGGUCUCACCGGAGAAAACUCACAGCUCAUCUUGCAUGAGUGUGUGCGACUGAUGGAGGGAGUGAAGAGCAGAGAAAGACACCUCUUCCUUUUCAGCGAUGUGCUUGUCAUUGCCAAACUCAAAUCUGUUGCCAGUUACAGACUGAAAUACAGGGUGAAUCUGGAGGAGGUGUGGGUCUAUGGCUUUGAGGGUGAGGAUGAGGAGAUGGAGGAAGAGGUUGAUUUUGACCUGAAGUCGUCUGUCGUGCUGGCCUGGCCACUCACCUUCUGUGUGGUGUCUUUUUGUUUGCCUGAGGUGAAAGAGCUCUGGUUAGAGACACUUCACAGGAGAAUGAGUGACUCGUUCAUUGUGACAGAUGCAGUGAGUGGGAUUUGCUGUGUUUUCUGCAGGCAGAUCUGUGAGGCCAGAGAAAGGACACGCAGCUUUCCUUUAACCCCAAGUAUCCCCAUGAAGCUCCCAACUGCCAACAUCAGUGCUAAAACUCUAACGGGAGGUGGGAUGGACUCUUUGAUUGAGUUGCCACUUGAUGGAGAUGGCAAAAGCUCUGCUGUGCCAAAGCAGUUGUGUAACCAGGGAGAGCAAGUGCGACAGCCCAUUGAAAAUGGAGUCAGCACCGUGAACAAGAGGAAGUUAUUUCCUUUCUUGAAGAGGAGCUCCACACAAACAGGCCUGGCCGUCCCCUCAGAGACGGAGAGCAAGAACCUGCUGUUCGGAGUUCCUCUCUCCAAACUCUGCUCAGGGGAUGAGUCGUCUCUGCCCAAGCCGAUUCUGGAGGUGCUUUCUCUGCUCUGGAGAAAAGGCCCCAACACUGAGGGUGUGUUCAGGAAGACAGGGAACAGCAAGACCCUGAACACCAUCCGCGACCAGCUGAACACCGGUGUUCAGGUGGACCUGGCCACCCUGCCUGUCGUCCUGCUCGUUGGACUACUGAAGAGCUUUCUGAGAGAGCUGCCGGGCAGUCUGCUCCAGGUGGAGCUCAGUAAGGGCUGGAUGAGCGCUCUGGAGAAGGAGAACGUGCCGGAGAAACAUGCUGACAUAAUGAGGGUUGUUGACAAACUCCCGUCGGCUAACUGUGUCCUGCUACGACAUUUGCUGUGUUUGCUCCAUCACAUCAGCCAGAGCUCAGACAUCAACAAAAUGGACACCAGGAACCUGGCGGUGUGCAUAGCCCCCACGCUGCUGCAGAGCGACAGCCUGGCCCCCGACGUUGACAUGGUGGAGAAGGUGACGAUUCUGACCCAGUACCUGAUUGAGAACUGCACCGAGCUGUUCGGAGAGCAGAUUCUGACCCUCCUGGGUGACCCUGAGGAGGAAGAGCUGGGAGAAAACUCAGAUUCUCUGUCCUCACACCAACAAGACUCUGCCUACGAUAGUACGGACCCUGACCCUGACCCUAACCCUGACCCUGAUGCUGACCCUGACCCUGACUCGGGGGAUGCCACGGGAAGACGUCUCUCUCAGCACAGCCCGCUCCUGGGUCGAACAGAACAUUCGAACAUCACUUCCUGCUCCUCCGACGCAAUAUUCCAGACCUUCACCACGCCCUUCAGUCGCCGCUGCUCAGAACCUUCCAUCUUUCCCUCCGCCGCCAUGGGAACGGUGCACGGGCUGGCCCGGAGUUUUGACGACUUCUCCAGACAGCAAGGGGACUUUGAUGACCAUCCUCUGAAGAAGCAGAACUCAGACGACUCCCUCCUCCACCCAUACUACGGCGCCAGGCUGAGCCUGCAGCCUCUCAGAAGACUUGGCGGGAGCCUGAAUAUGGACCUGCCGGGGAGCUCUGCUCCAGCCUCCAAGGUUUGUUCCUGCUCCUCCUCCUGUUCACUGGAGAGCGGCGCCUCCAACAUCUCGGAAGGCUCCAUGUUCACGAGUUCUCCUCUCGCCUCACCUCCCGGCCUCCAGAGGUCCCAGUCUGCAAAGCAGGUGCCAGUUCCCGCCCGGCCCAGGUCCGACCUGCCAAAGGCAGAGGGUGACGUGAAACGUCGCUCCCAGUCCUUCAAGACCAAGGGCUUUUCAUCUUUCUCCUUCUCCAGGAGCAGCACAAAGAAAGCAGAGACACAGAAGGAGAUUUACUCCUGUGACACGCUCCCAGAGGACUCGCAGAGCGAGAUGGAGGAGGUGCCCCGUCGCCAGAGACCGCUGUCUGCCAUCGAGGUCUUCCAGCACGUGGACAGUCGUCUCCCCAGCAGCCCGCCGUCCUACGAACAGGCUCUGGAGCAGCGCGGCUCAAUGACCGUCCAGGCAGCCAUGGAGGCGGGGAGAAGGUCCCGCCCCAUCUCCAUGAAUGAAACCCUGCUGAACUCUUGCUUCGUCGGUCACUUGCCCGACGGCUUGCCAAGACCCGCAGAGGACGGCGGCGCGGUAUCACCCCGGCCGGCACCGUUCCGGCAGAGAGCCAUGUCUGAGUCCGUGCCCCAUUUAAGGCAUGAACAGGUGGCCCGCAGGUGCAGUCAGCCUGUGUUUGAGGAAUUCUCCUACGCCAAGGAGUCUUACGUCUAA